GAACAGGCCAGGAAGUAGUUGGAUGCUGGUGCCCACCUCACGGGACCUGCAUCCGCUGCUCACCUCAUCCCGGUUUGUGAAAACAAAAUAGGCAUCAUCUCACCUGCCUGUGAGCAAGGCUGGGGGCCUGGGCUGUCCUGCGGAAGCACUGAAGAUGCAGUCACUUGCUUUCACAGCGGAUUUUGAAGAAGGGUGUGGACGGGAAUCUCUCCCACCUCCAACUAAAAGUUCAAGUUACCAGUCACAGCCUAGGAGCCUGAAAUGCAUCCAUUCAGGAAAAUGGAAAACUUUGCCCUUUCAGUUUUCUGCUGGUAGUCAUUUAUCCACAUGGCCUGCCUAUGCAUCUGGGCAAGCAGUCCUACAGAACAGUCAACCCUGUUGUGAUCCUGAGAAGAGAAGCAGUGAACAGGCUUCCCUGACAAUUGCAAAACCACGAUACCUGGAGCAAAUGGAAUCCUAUUUAAGAGAAGAAGUGCGGGCUCUGGACCUCACCAAAGAUAAUGCCCAGGAGCUGAAGCUUCAGGUUCCUAAAGGAAAAGUGCAUGGAAAAAGAAGACAUCUUUGGCCCUUAUUGGAAGAGAACAAACUUUGCAUGCCUUACAGAGAGAUCUUUGAGUUCUUCAUAGAAGCCUUCAAAACCUACAAACCUUUGCUGUCUGUGAUAAAGAAUGAGUAUGAAAUUACUCUGGAUGUCCAGAGAGAGAAAAUCCGUGCCCUGGAGCCCCUGAAAUCUAUGUUUGCAACUGUGUCAGAUAAAUGCACUCAGAAGAUUUCAGCACUCAAGAAAGAGGAAAAUGCUAAAAUAAAGACAUUGAUGAAAGAGAAACUGUAUCUAUUAAAGCUCAUUGAUAAAAUGAAAGAAGAGAAGGCUUCCCUUCAGGCUCAGGUGAAUAAGCUGCAGAAGAAUGUGGCUGAGGAGUAUCUGCACUACCGUAAUGAGUGUGAUGCCCGCAAGUUGCUUCUAGCAGACCUGAACGAAAUGCGCAGUCAACAGUUGGAGAUGACACUCCACCAAACACAAGAUGUAAAGAGUGAAGACAUAGUGAAGUUAACGCUGGCAUUAAAGAUAGCUCGGCGGGACCUCACAAAAGCCCAGGUGGAGCUGAACACCAUGAAAGCAGACUAUGGAGAUGUUGUACCUCGGAGAGAUUUUGAAUCACAGGAGAAAAAAUAUUCUGACUUGUGUCAACAGACAGAGACCCUGCAGAAGGACUUUGAUCAGCUGCAGAAGGAGUAUGACACUCUGCUGGAAGUCCAUGGAGAGACUGUAGAAGAGCGAAACCGGUUCUACAAUGAACUCCAGCAAGUUCUGCGCAGCUCAACACCCCGGCCUGACUGGGCAAAGUGUGCAGGCGUUGUUCCUGGUGGCGUGGACCGGUGGAGAUUUCUGGCAGAGGGGAAGACCAGUAACCAGCUGGUGGACCUGCUUCUGGAGGAAAUGGGAGCAGCAGUUCUGAGAGAGAAGGACUUCUUCCCUGGGCUGGGCAAGGGUGACAAGGUUCCUGUGUACCUGAGGUAUGAAGGCCAGGUCAAGAACAGGAAGCUCAACAAAAAGAAUGUAGUGAACAUCUUGAAGGACCUGUGGAAAGAGAGAAUCUCAGCACACCAGCAGACAGGGUGGCAGUCUAGCCUUCCUGAGUUCUUCCUUAGCUACCUCCAGAAGAGGUAUGGAGAUGCCUCUGCCUUCGAGAUGGCUUACAGCAUCUAUGAAAGUAUUAAGCUGUAUCGAUCAAAUCAUGUCAUGAGUUUGUCCUAUGACAUCCUGACUGGAAAGGUGGAUGAAGGUGUGUACCAUGGCCUGAACCAGAUGCUAUCCAACUUGCUAAAGGAGUUGACUGCAAUAGACAGCUCAAACAGCGGAGCUGUUACCAGUAAACAGUUCAAUCUGGCACUGAGGGCAGCUUUCCCACUGAAAAGUAAUGAGCACGUCCAAGAACUAAUAGAAGCCAGCAAGUGCAAGGCAGAGAGCACUGAGGACCUCAUAUUCUACACAGCCUUAUUCAAUGAGGAUGCAGAGGGGAACACUGAGCCCUUUGUUGUGAAGGUCUGGAACCAGUACAUUGCCGAGAAGCAGGACUAUCUGAGAGAGCUACAGAAUGAGCUGGGACAUGUGAUAGAGGUGAAAGUGGAUGAUCUGAAGACAGCCUUGUAUGCAAUUGAUCCCACUAUUGACAACCUGACAAUGGACAACUACAUCUACCUGGCUUACCAGGUCCCAAAAGAAGAGUUGGAGCAGGCUGUCCCUCUGCCCGUGGAGACGAUAAUUGAGAAACUGCUGGCUGGAGACAUAAGGCGAGCAGGCCCCUUACCUGAGGAGGCAAGCAGACCAGCACCAGAAGAGGGAGAACAAAGAGACUAUGAUUAUUAUUAAACAGAUCCUCACCCACCCCACAUUCAGCUAAGCGCUUUGGUAUGUAACAUUACACAAGUUACAGCUCUGGGCUACUGCACUGUAAUGUUGUUUCUGUGCCUGAAUGGGUCCAGCUGAUAGUUACAGCAGAGAAAUCUAGACUGAUUUGGGUAUUUGGCAAUACAGACAGCUCAGGCAGAUAAGAUACCUGUAUUAAUCGUUCAAUUUCAGCUCCCUACUAAAGCAAGGUUCACCUGAUGUCCAGUCUGCAGCCCUGGCAGGGGCAGCCCAUCCUUCCACUGCAAGCUGAAAGGCAAGGGGCCAAGCAAGUGGUGAGCUGGGACCUCUAGUUAAACACUCCACUAAUAGCCUAAGUGCAGCAACUGCUAAAGCCUACAAGCCUCCUUAAGUCCCCUCUCCUGUUUUUUUUGUUUUGUUUUAGAGAAGUCAGGCAAGAUUCUAUAAGAAAUUUCAAAGGAAAGGCUAUCCAGAAGGGAAAGUUAUAAUAAUAAACCACUAGAAUAACUUUGGUGCAUCUUUCCCCGAGAACUUUCUUCUCCCACUAUAAGCAGGUUUUGUUCAGUGUAGUCAGUCAUGUUGAAAGCACUCUAGGCCAAGCCAGGGGAAGGGAAAAAAAAGAGAGAAAAAAAGCAGCAUCACCAAACCUGCACCUCUAGACAGCUAUAGCAGUAUAGCUAGGGACCUACCAAAUUCACGGUGGAAGUGAGCUGCACAGCAGCUCCUUUAAUCUUGCAGAUUUCACCCCCCUUGGCUGAUUGAGAGGGGCCCCAACCACUCGCUCCUAAUCAGUAGGAAGGUGAAAACCAUGGUUUUAAAUAUGGUGCCAGCCAGUCAGCAGCAAGCAGCAGAGCCACUAGGGCCCUAUAGCCAAAUCAGCAAGGGGGGGGCCACAGGGGAACCUAGAAGAUUAAAGGAGCCACUAUGCAGCCCAUUUCUGUCAUUAAUUCAGUAGGGUCCUAAGUAUAGCACACAGCAGGCUUACUAUAGCUCCAUAACUGGAUAUGCCAACCUUUGUCCUAUGCAACACAGCACCAAGACUUCUGAUGAUUUUGUGCCUGAGUUAGUCAUCCUCCAAGCGUAGUCAGUCAUUUAUUACUCCUUAAGCAGCUUAUAGUGUUUUUUGUCUCCAACACUGUCACGCUCCUCCUCCUGACCCCAAUAUCAAUGGGGACAGACAAAUUUCUAAAGCAAAACGUGGAUCAGGGACAGGAAAACCCUGGUAAGAAACAGUUCUGUUCAGUUAGAACCUGAACUGCUAAACAGUGGAGCAGACAAGGUACCAUGGGAAAAUAUAGCACAGGUAGACUGCUCCCUUCCCUAAAAUGACCAGUAUAAAUGGGAGGAAUGAAGAAAGCUGAAAAAAUGGGGGAGACUACUCUUGGUGAGAUAACAGCAUUAGCUAAAGGAGAGCUUGAAACAGACUGUCUAUAGGAUGCAGAGGCAUCACAGCCAAAUGGCAUAGGAUAGAAUUGCAUAGAAAAUGCUCUCCACCACACUUACACUAGAAACACCAUAUUCAGUUCUGCAUGGCAGAAAAAGGGCCAGUGCCAGAAAGGAACAAUUAUGGACUGAAGGCAAUACCUCCCCCCAGCCCUGAUUCUUGAACUACAUGCAAAGAACUCUAGAAACACCAUGAAAUAAGUAUAAAGCAGGUGCAACACAAACACCAGAUAAGGGGGAGCAAACAGCAAAAACAUUUGAUGAAUGAACAAUCACAGCCUCUGUUGGAAGUGGUGCAAGCUCCAUCACUGAAAGCACCUAACACUGCACCAGAGAAAGCGGUAGACAUAUAAAGACACAGAACAGUCAGAACAGCUUCGGCACAUCCUGCAGUGCAAUGGACUUGAGAAUUGUAGGUUUAAAUGGAGUAUCUGGAAUUCAGAAUGUAGAGUACUUCCUCCUCUCCUUAUCUCUAUUACAUUAAAGGUCAAGUUCUGUCCCUAAAAAUCUUGAUUCUGUUUAACCCUUAAAAAACAGCUUGAGUUCUAAACUGCUGUGAAAUGUUGCAUCUAGCUGCAAGAGAUUAUGUUGGUUCAGAUGUCUGGCUGGAAAUCGGGCCCUUACUCCUUUCCUUCAGCAUAAUGCAUAUUCCUUUCCCAGUCUCUCAGUGCUAUAACCUCCACCCUCUGCUAGAAGUUGCUUUAAUUCAGGAACUAGGCAGCCCUCUUUCCCCUGCUAGGGAGAUCAGAUAGUAGAAGUUUCUCUCUAGCUAGAAGUGUAUGGGGACAUCCAAGGCCAGCAACCCAGUGAGGUGUUCUAUGCUCCAUAUUCAAAAUAAAGCAGGGUUCUCAUUGUGUUUGACAAAUCAACGGAGGCAUAAUCAGAGCCAGUGAUUAUUGCUCAGUUCCUUCAAGCAGAUACAGACGUGUUGGCAAGCAGAGCACUUCGGUACAGGCCACAGAUUCCAGCAUAGAACAU